AUGGCGACCGUGGCAACGCGAGCUCCAGUAACACCGACAAGAGAGAACGAAGACACCGUCGAGGUGCCGCCCGCCCCGAUGACACGUCUAGGCGUACCACGAGCGAAUGACGGUAGAAUAGCACGGUCAAUGGUAGAAAGCAGAAGAGCCCGAAUCGAAGAACAGCCCGUCGAUAAAGAGAAGAAGAGCAAGAUCAGCGAACAAUUGAGCCUAAUCCUCCAGAUCGUGCGAGACCUGGCGGAACAACAAAAUAUAGUGGCCGGUCGCCUAGAAGCUCUAGAACGACGACAGAAUACGGCAGACACAAAAUUCGAAGCCCUCGCUCGCGCCUCGGACACAAGGCUCGAGGCCUCCGCCCGCAUUACAAACGAACGUCUAGAGGCGCUAUCUAAGUCCCUCGGUCAAAUCACCGCGAACGUCGCCACCGUAGCUAGCUAUGCCGACGCCGUGAAGUCUGGACUGCCAGCCCCGGCUACGGAAACGACAAGCAAAGGCACACCGAUCACCCAGAUUUGCUCCAUUAACCCGUCUAGCUCGGCAUCACGACAAGGCACGACCUCCAGUCCGCACGUGGUUAUCGACUUCUCGACGGCAGGGGAUAGCAGCAUUACCAACGAGAAACCAGGCACGGUCCGAAAGCGAAUCGACGACGCGCUGCAAAGUCAAGAGGCAACCAAGGAAAUUCGAUGCUGGGGCAUUAGUCGCAACCCUCGAGACAGCCACAAAUUCAAAGUGUUCCUUAAAGACGAGACGGCAGUGCAGACUAUACGCCGCAACGAUAGCUGGUUAACUAAUAAUCUUCGAGGAGCGCGUCUACAAGCCGAGCAAUGGUAUCCCAUACGAGUGGACAGCGUGUACAAGGGGGCCAUCCUCAAGGACAGUCAAUCGAACGAAGUAAAAGAAGAGGCAGCAUAUAUGGUUGGCGAAGAGAACGGAGUACGAGUGCAUAAGAUCCAAUGGCUUAGUAGACCGAACGCAGACAAAAUCCACGGAUCGAUGGUGCUAUAUCUAGCACGUCGAGAGGAUGCCGAGAAGCUUCUGCGGGAAGUGCGAGUCGAUAUCGACGGCGAGACAGCUUUUGCGAGACCCUACGAACGACGAAUAGGCCCAACCCGAUGCUUCAAAUGCCACCAAUUCAAUCACGUAGUGGCCAAUUGCCCGUCCCCACAACCGAUAUGCAGCCGCUGCGCCGAGAUAGGCCACACAAACCGCAAGUGUACCAAUAACCGAGUUAAGUGUGCGUCGUGUGGCGGACCACAUUCGACGUUCGAUCGAGGCUGCCGGGCGUAUAAGCUGGAGUGCGAGAAGGUCGCAUCCCUUCGAACAUGA